GGAAUUGUACGUAUAGAACACACACAACCGAAACGAACAAACAAGCAAAACUACAAACAAGCAAAGCCAAAAACAAAACAGAAGAAAGAAACCGUGAGUCACGCGCAUGUACUAUUUAAUAUGCGGUAUUAUGUUUUGCCAAGUGAUGAAUUAGUCCUGGACAGUGAUAAAGUUUGUUCAAUGAAAAUGGGUCAUCUUUCGUUUUUCUCCCUUUUUUCCCUCUUUCUCCUCCUUUCUCUCUCCCCCUUUCUCUCUCCCUCUCUCUCUCUCUCUCUCUCGUUUUCCUUCGUCUUGGUCCACAACAGAACAAACUUCAGUUGUCAUUAAAUGAUCUUUACCUUAUCAAGCUACAGGCCAGUUUUGCACCUUUUGGGUUACAACCUCGUUGAUGUCUUCUCCUUUAACUCCCAUGAGUGCCCAAGACAGAAUUUCUCCUUACAAUAUGAAUACAUUAUGAAGCAGACAAGUAAUGAGAAUAAAGAAAACAUCAAUCAGAACUAACAUCGUGAGAAUUGUAUGGCAGACUGCGAGGAGUCUUAGAAAUGGAAGGGUUUAAAAUUUUCAUUUUCAUUAAGUGAAUUUUUUUAAAAGGAAGAACUGUUUGAAUAGUUUAGAGACAUACGACAACGAGUCAGCAAAAUUGUCCUGAAAUUACCCACCGCAGCGUUCCAUAAUUAAAUAUCAAGCUUGAAUAAACAAGUUACGUAUGCAAGGUCACGAAUGUUAGCCCUCUGAUUAGACAUUCAUUUUCACUUCUCUGAGCCAAUACGGAAAAUCAGUGCGACAACUCAACCGGGAGGCUGAAGUUUUUUGAAAAUAUCCUUACGUACUGCUGUUGGGAAGAAACGUUUUGGGGAGUCGGUCCACAAACGACCGGGUCAAGAAUAAUGGACGGGAGUUCUUUGAAUUUAAUAGACCAUUUAGAUCACAUCAACCUCGGGGAACAUGAGGCAACGGAUUUUGGCAUGAGAGUUUUGGAUUCAAAGAGCAACAAAACUGGAGCACAUUUGGGAAAAUUUUCGGUAUCCGAUGGAAUAAAACGAAGCAUUUCAAAUGCUGUGGAAAGAAACAUGAAUACAUCUUCCAUGGACAUAUUUGAGGCCUGUCGUGAGGGAGAUUUCGCUAUUCUGAACUUUUUAUUAGAGAACAAUGAGAUAGAUGUGAACAAACUGAGUGAGAGCGGGCUUGCACCUCUUCAUUACGCCGCACGCAAUGAUCACGGACAAGUUAUACAGCUGCUUAUCGAUCAUGGUGCAGACCCUAAUGUAACAGCAACUAUGGAAAACAAAUUGCUGUCUCCAUUGCACUUUGCGAGCUGGUAUGACACAGCUGAAGCAGUAAACGCUCUCAUCGAUAACAAAUCUAACGUGGAAUGCAGCGCUGUAUUUGGACAAAAGCCUCUUCACUUUGCUGUCACACGUGCCAGUGUAGAACUUGUUAAGAUAUUGUUGACCAAAGGAAAAGCAAAUCCGAAUUCUCAUGAUAACCUACACUUUACAGCCCUGCAUCUAGCUGCGCAAAGAGGACGACUGGAUAUCAUCAAAAUGCUUUUAACACACGGAGCUAAUCUACGCACCCAAAAUGACGAAGGUGAUACAGCGGUACACAUUGCAGCUAGAGAGGGACGAGAUGAGGCCUUGAAGCAUCUUCUUCAAAGAGCAUCAUUGGACGGCAUAUCUUGCAAGGAUCUCUUAAACAGUGAAAAUUUUGAGUCAAAGAGCUGUUUACAUUUGGCAGUGGAUGGUGGACAUGUAGAGGCAGCGAUUGUUUGCAUCGAAUAUGGCGCAGAUCCCCGUACUGUGACCAAACGAAACCUUCCACUCCAUGUGGCAAGUUCUACGGGUAACCUACCUAUGGUGAAGUUUCUACUGUCGCAAGAUUUAAUUCACGUCGACGAGGAGGACUACGAAGGAAUGACACCAAUACUCAGGGCCUCUUUGUCCGGCCACGUAGAAAUCAUUGAACAUCUCAUCAAUAAGGGAGCAGCCAUCUGUCCAUUGCCAGACUCCACGGCGCCAUCCCCACUGAUGUGUGCUGUUAAAAGAGGACAUCACAAAGCCGCUGUGUUCCUGAUCAAACGCGGUUCACCGAUAGAUCUGAGAGAUGCCCACCAAAGAACCUGCCUUCAUGUCGCCGCCUAUAGUGCCAAUGCAGACACUGUUGACAUAAUUCUUGAGAACGGCGGUAUGUGUCUGAUAGACAGCUUGGACAGGGAUAACAGGACACCGCUACACUACGCUGCAGCGAAAGGAAGCCUUCAGAUUGUUGAGAAGUUACUUAAAGCAGGGGCAAGUAUAGAUAUAAAAGAUGAAGAAGAAAAGAUUCCAGUACAUAUGGCUACCGAGAGUGGUAGCCUAGCUUGCGUGAAAGUGUUAUUAGAAGCCGAUCCAAAGACUCUUAGUAGCACAGAAUACCGUCUCAGAGCUCCGUUACAUUAUGCAGCGUACGAAGGUCACUUUGAACUGGCAAAGUUCUUGCUUGAUAAGGGAGCUAACCCCGAUCAAAGGGACGAAAAUCAUCUGACUCCGCUUAUAAUAGCAACAAGAUUAAACCAUUACAAUACAGCGGCUCUCCUCUUGGAUUACGGCGCAAAACUUGAAGCAUGUUCCAAAAAUCGGACAACACCUAUUGACCUGGCAGCCCAUUUUGGUCACGCCCGCAUAGUUCGACUGUUACUGGACCGAGGAGCUGAUGUCAAAAACAAGUCUUCGUUCGGCAAAGGAUGUUUGGACUCUGCCAUUAAAGGAAACCGACCAGAAACCUGCAUGGAAAUAGUCAAACACAAACGCUGGAAAGAAUGUGUUGAAGUCAAGGACGACGAAGGAUUUUGUAUGAUGAAACAUCUCAUCGUGAAAUUUCCCGAAGUAGCCAAGGUGGUAAUGGUCAAGUGCAUCAAGACAUCUGAUCACAUGAGAACAGAUGUAGAAUAUUCGAAAUCAUUCAAUUUUACUUUUCUUGACCCUAUUCCCGGAGAACAAACAAAGACAGGAGAGCGGUACUUUGGACCUAAGCUUAUGUUAAAACACGGUCACCGUGAUCUGAUUCUUCAUCCUUUGACUCGAGAACUCAUGAAAGUGAAAAGGUUAUCUUUGAGAUUGAAGUACUUUUACCUGGCGGCCUUUAUAUACACAUCGUUCACUUUGAUUCUGACGUUCCUUCUACUGUGUCUCAAUUCACAAUCCAUUGAUAGGCAGCGGAACUCCACUUCUGAGUUCUCAAGGGAGUUCUGUCCCAGUUAUGGUUUUACAGUUUCAAGGAUGGUGACGUCAGUAAUAUCAGGUGUCUCCUUGCUAAGUCAUAUUUACAGAAUAUAUGUCGAGAAAUGGAGUUAUUGGAUGGAUAUAUCUAAUAUACUAGAGUUGGUAAGCUUCUCCGCCGCCAUUAUCACCGUUGCGAGUAGAAAAAUUUGGCACAAUGAACGCUUCGAAUUUUCGUUCGCAAUCCUUGCUGUUCUUCUGUCUUACCUUACAAUGAUGUCAUAUUUACAAAGCUCGUUUAAGGCUGGUAUCUACGUCACCAUGAUGUUUGAAGUGUUAAGGACUCUCCUGAUGGUCUGUGCUGUGUUUUCUAUUCUCCUUUUUGGAUUUGCCUUGGUUUUCCACGUGCUGCUAUCAAAGGAAGCGAACGCCUCAAGAAGAGGUAUUCACCUUUCCUCAAAUGGCGAGGAUCCCUUUGGUCGUUUAGAUCUGGCGAUUUUAAAAGUGAUGGAUAUGAUGGUUGGAGAGCUGGAAUACAGUAACUUUUUUGUUGACAAUACGUUGUAUCUUCCCGAUCUGACGCGAUUUAUUUUUGCCGCAUUUUGUUGUCUUGUACCAAUUGUCUUCAUGAAUCUUUUGAUUGGUUUGGCUGUCGGUGACAUUGAAUCCAUUCAGAAAAAUGCUGAAGUGAAACUUUUGGCGAUCGAGAUCGAGGACGUUUACACAUUUGAACGACGCCUUCCAAAAUGUCUUCUUCGCCGGUUUCACAAGUUGAGCGUCACCAAAUAUCCUAACAAAAAGAGGCACUUAUGGGAUGCAGGCCUGAUGAACAUUCGUCGGUUGAUAAGUGGGAGAAAGGAUAACUCCUCCUUGGAAGAAGAUGACCCCUGCAACUGGGAGGAAAAGGCCUCCGCUUUCUGCCAGAGAAUCGGUGCUUUGGAGCAAAAAGUGGAGAGGAUUAACACCAGCCUGGAAAACCAGACGGAAAUGUUGGAAAAAGUUGUAAAGCUGCUGUCAGGGAGGGAGAAUUUCCCCCCAGUUAUAGAGGACGUCGAGAAUCAACCCAGCAAUACAUCGAUAGAUGUCAAGUUAUGACACUAAAUUACUCUGAAAAUGGCCAUGAGUGUGGCUCACAAGCCUUCUUAUAAAAUUAAGAGUUUAGGAAAGAGAAAGCUUUUGAAGAAAACUUCGUUGGACUUCUGGUAUAUUAACAACGUCUCUAUUUCAUGGAUGGAAAUGAACCAAAAGUUAAAAGCAAUGAAAAGAUGCAAGCAUUUGUUCAAAAUACGUUGCAAGAUGUUUUUCCUUGUCAAGCCAUGAAUUCUUUCAUGUCCCUUCUAAUUAUCUAAUCUUCGAAUUCUUCGACGAGAUGUCAGACGAUCGUACUUCAGCACGAGUGUGGGAAAAAGGCCCAAGCUAACUCUUUGUCUGAAUGAAAGCACAGCUGUCCAUACGAGCCAGUGUUUUUUACCACGUUCAACCCGAUCGUUUGGAUUAUUUAUAGAGACAAAUUCUCUCCUCUCUAUACUUUCUUUCCUUGUCAUUUGCAUUUUUCAAAUUGAAACAAAAAAAGGGAAAAAAAAUUUACAUAUGGUCUCAAGUCUGGUCCGGCGGAGAGUGAACUCAACUGAUUUAUGAAAAGACCCAUAAAAGUCACCAAGAGUAUAAACAGUUCAUAUUCGCUUUUCAUUUACUUGUGCGAUCCAAGUAUUACCAUAUAAUUAAAAAAUAACUGAAUUCGAUGACAGUUCUUGAAAUAAUUGGUCAACAUUCUAAACGUGAACCAAACUGAUGGCAAUGAUUUUAUAUAUUUCUAGAACUGUGGACCAAAUGAUAUGACUUGUCCGCAUGUGAAGAGGACGUAAAGACAGCAGAGUGACAAUAACUCUCAAAAAAGAAACAAAAACUUUGAGUUUAAAUUUACAAGACA